GAUGAAAUAAAAAGCCAGUCAGAGUAUUUUGAGCACUACAAACAAAGGCAGACACAACAGACAGCAGUGCUGAGAGAAAGGGAAUGUUACCUUCAGGGUGAGGUAUCUAGGCUGGAAAAGCAAGUCCUGGAUCUUAGUGCCCAUAUUGCUCUUUUGACAUCCAAGUUAGAAGAGGGAAUGGUGCAGUAUCUGCAGCAGAAGAUGGAAUCAGCAUUCAGUGGGACUCAGGGCUAUAAACACCCUGAUCUGGAGGUAAUGGAAUUGAAAACUUGCAUUGAAAAUGUGGAGCAUGACAUGAAAAACCACCUCGAGACAUUUCAGCAAAAUCUGAAAUUCUUAAGGCAAAAAGAGGAGGACAACAGAAGAGAACAGGCAGACCUGCUGACUGAACUCCAGUGCUCUCAGGACACUGAAGACUUUCUCAGAAGAAAAUUGGAAGAAUCUCGCCAUCAUGUUUAUAGUCUGAAAUUAUCUGAAAUCAAACUACAGGAAAAAAUGGAAGAGCUUUUGGAUGAAAAUAGGGCUUUAAAAGAUCAAGGUAGGGUGAAGUUGAAAAAGAAGAAAGAAAAGGACUCACGACUUAAAAGAUUGGAGAACGGAGAUAGUGGCGUUGACCUGAAUGGAGAUCUAAUCCAGGAUGACACUCAAAAUCUGAAAUGGGGAGCAGUCUUGAAUUCACUCAGAAGCAGAGCUACUCAAACUCCAGUUGUGCUGCUACAUGCUAAAGAGUCUGAAACACCAGGAUGUAGCUGUGAUGGGCUAAAGCAGAUGGAGGAGCUACCAGAAGAACUUCUACUAGUUUUGGAACACAAUUCCAGUGCCUUUGCAAAAGUUACUGGUCUAGCUGAGAUUGAGCAGGUCACCCUUGGAACAAAGAGGGCAGGUACUCUAGAAGAUAGUUUAACUUUGUUCAGAUGUACCCCAAGAAAACUUUUCUCUCUUGAAGGAGCAAGCUAUAAAUCUACCAGAAAAGACGUUCCCUGUUUCUGUGGUUGAAGCUUUGAUGAGGAAGAAGCCCCAACUUACCUUGUUAAAA